AUGGCGAGCGCACAGGAUCUGCAGCCCACCUGCGAGGACUACGAUUCCGACCAGAGCGAACAAGGCUACGAGUUCCCAGGCCGCUCCCCGGCCAAUGCUGCAAACGUCUCCACCAAGCGCUCUCACCCCGAAGACUUGAAUAAAGAAAAGCCGCCCCCUCAGGAGCGCGUGCCUACCAACCUCGACCUUCGCUCCGACUCAGGUGCCCCGUCCCAGCGCAGCCCUCCUGCUGCCGCUCCCCCUACCGCCCGUCCAGAGGCUCCUCAACCACCACCACCCCAACCUCAGCAACAACCACCCCCGCCCCCCUCGACAAAGACUAGACGCCCUACCCAGUCCCACUCGGAACAGUCGAGACCCAAGUUGACCUCGCGCACCACAUCGCAGUCGUCCAAGCCCCUCGUCAAGCAACGCCGGCCCACAAUCACCCAGGACCCGCGCCCCGAACGCUCCGAGCGUGAACGCCGUCGCGACAGCAGAGUCGAACCUGAAUGCACCGAUCCCAAGUGCACCACCUGCGGACCAAACGCCAUUCCUCAACACAUCAGGCCCAGCAUCAAGCCCACCCAGUCCGCCCGCGACAUCGACCGUCUCUCGGCUGACACUCGCUCCAUGCGUUCCGAUCCGGCCUACUACCAGUCACCACCUUCGCCUACCCAGGUCCGCCGGCCCCCUACUUAUAGGCAAGAGGCUGCCAUUGUCCAGCCUGCCGUAAACCCCCGUCGCCGCCCUUCGACUUCACGACCGCGCCCAAUGUCUUACAACGGCGAGCCCAACUCUCAAUACUACACUCCGGGCAUGCCCGCACCCUACCCGAGCCCGCCCCAGGAGCAUGGCCCGCCUCCCUCCAACUCUGCGCAAUGGCGUCAAAUGCCCCAGUACCACCACAUGGGUGGCAUGGCCCCUCCAGUAGUUCCCUAUGGUGCGCCCCAGGGCUACCCAGGGGCUUAUCCCUACAACCACACGCCUCCACCAUACGAUGGUCCGCAAAGGCCAAACAUGCCGCCUCGUACCUCAUUUAACUCUGCACGUAACGGAGCUGCCCCUCUCAUCACCCAGGCCCCGUCGCGUGAACAACAGUACUCGGCAAGGUACGGUCAGCCCCAGAGCGCCACCCAAGCCAGGUUUCCACCGCAAUUGCAGCUCCAAGAAGGCGCCUAUGAAAGCGAGAGCGGAUCCGAGACCGGCUCAUCCGAGGAAGACGACGACGAGUACUAUGAGCAGCCCGACCCCAAUGACCCUCGCAACCGACGUGCCCUCAUGGCACCCGCACCACCAAAGAUUGAGCAAGCAAAGCCGAAGUCCAAAAGCAAAAAACAACAGCGACCCCCCAUGCGUCACGCCAACACGACCCAAGUGGUUGACGAACGUUCUAGUCGCCGCAUGUCUGUGUCUCAGCCUCCUGCUCAGCCCCAGUCCCUGGUCAUUGAUGAGCGUCGCAGGAAGCGCUCUUCAAGGACUAUUGAAGAGCCUUCCCGCCGUGCCUCCGUCAGUCGACCGGCUCCUCCCUCCCGCCAGAUACAGUCCGAAUACCCCAGCCACCGUGGUCAGAUUGUCGUCGCCAACUCGAGCAAAUCUGAACGCCGUCGUUCGGCUCAGGUCUAUGAGCAGGUAUACGACCAUCACCUCGAGGACAAACGGGCAGCCAAAGCCGCCAGGGAAGCUAAAGCCCGCGCCCGCGAGGAAGAAGAAGCCCGAAGAGAGCAAGAACAAUACGAAGCCGAGCUUGCUCAGCAGAAACGUCUCAACCGAACCUCCAAGCAAUACUACCAACCCCCAGCAGCGUUUGACAGCGACGAAGAGUCUGAAUCAGAAGAAUCUGAAGACGACCAAUAUCUGCCCGAGGCACCGGCACCACCUCCUCCUCAGGCCCGCCGCCGCCGUCCAACUGACGCGGGCAAAGGCAAGGAACGUGUCCUCGAGCACAAGACCAAGCGCAUCGAGAGCGCCGCCGAAGAGUACAUUAGUGCUCGCCGCGGUGCUCCUGGGCCCCUGAACGAUCCUAUUCACAAUGCUGCACGGCACUCGAGAACCAUUUCCAUGCCGUCUCACUCUGGCUCUUCGGGAAGUGAGAGAAGCCGAAGCAACCGCACGGCCGUCACCAACGAAAACAACGAGAUUCGCCUGCGAGUCGAUGCAAACGCUCCACUCAGCUUGCAGUUCAAUGGCGACAUGGAGGGUCGCACUCUCCGCAUGAUUCCGGCCGAGAACGGCAUGGCUGAUCUGGUCAUCAGCGGAGGGCGCGACCGUGAAAGUGUUUACCAUAACAGCGACAGAGGUAGCAUUGCAGACGACCGAAAGGCAUUGGUGCCAAAACAGCCGCGGAGACAGGCUGAGGAAAUGACCGAAAACAGUCUACGUAGCUCCCGCAGGAGGCGUGACAGCCAAGUAAUACGAGAGCAACGCAUAGAACGGAGCAGUGGCCAACGACCUUUGCGUCAACGCGCCCACACUAGCUCCUACUACGGCGAAUAG